GCUCAAACUUGCGCCGCAUUCUCAGUAACUCGCCAAGCUCCCUGCAAGCUCAGAAUCAGCUCUGAACACUGUCUUCCCAAGUAUACCCUGCAUAUCAGUAGAACACCAUCCAUGUAAAUUGACACUAGGAAUAAACUCAGUCAGUAACGAGGAUUAAUAACCUAUCAUAGAUUUCACCACAAAAUGACAUCGUCACAACCGCCUUUGAACAUUGUUGUAGCAUCGUUGACAACUCAUGUUUCACAGAUCGGAGGCUCUCUGGCGGGACUAAUGACCGCCGUGGCACUGAAGCAAAACGGGCAUAAUGUGACAGUCAUUGAAAAGGAAGACAAUGAACGCGAAAGCCACAUGGCUGGCGUUUGUCUGGGACUCGAUGCUGUGGAAUUUCUCGAAAAAUACGAUCGCGUUCAGGGAGUUUUCUCUCACCAGUCGCGUCGUAUUCAGGCCCUUGUGGGCGACGACAAGCUGAAGACCUUUGUCAAUGGCCGUCGAGAAAUCACAAAUUGGGAUACCAUGUACUACCGGCUUCGUUCCAACUUUGAUGGCUAUGCAAGCGAUACCUACCCUACAUCCCCUUUGCCCUCUCCAGAAGAUGGCCAGGGUGUGUAUCUUGCUCAAACGGAGGUUCUCGAUAUUCAACGUGAAAUACAACCUGACGACGACGAUGACAGCGACGAGAAGAAGACGACAAUGAGCCUCACGUUGCUGGACCGCAAAUCAGGAGACAAGGCCACUAUGCAGGCCGACCUGGUGAUUGGUGCAGACGGCCCGGAUUCUUUUGUGCGGAAGAAGUACCAAGGCCACGUUGAGCGGAAAUACGUUGGCUACAUUGCUUGGAGGGGCACUGUCCCGGAGAGUGAGGUGUCGGAAGAAACCCGUCACCUCUUCAGACGCAGCGUCACUGUGUAUAUGAUGGACAAACAACACUGCAUCGUGUACACCAUCCCCGGCAAGAACGGAUCACUGGAGCCCGGCGAAAGGUAUCUCAACUUUCUCUGGUACACAAACGAGACGAAGGAAUCUUUGGACGAAAUCUUAAAAGACGGCCUCGACGGCCAUCGCCAUCACAACAUUGUCCCGUCCGGUCGUGUGCGACAAGAUAUCUGGGCUGAACGAACAAGGCAAGCCAAGGCCCUGCCACUCAGCAAGCCAAUGCUGGAGAUUUUUCUGAAGAUCCAGCGUCCUUUUAUUCAGGUCAUUACCGACUUCUGCUCACACCAGGCAGCCUUUGAAGAUGGCAAGGUCCUGCUGGUUGGCGACGGACUGUCGCUGUUCCGUCCGCACACAGCCUUCAGCGGCACCCAGGCGGCGUUUCAUGCCCUCCGCACGGCUGAGUUCGUCAAUGGCAAGACAACCCUGCAACAGUGGGAGAGCAAGGUCCUUAGGUACUCGCGGCUGCACUACCUGCAGAGCAACUGGUAUGGAGACUUUUAUCAAUACCCCAUGUCGACGGCCCUCGUGGCUGCUGUGCGCUACUGGAUUAUGUGCGGCGUUGAUCGCGUCUUGUCCUGGUACAACGGCGAUGCUCCGCUCUUGCGCACAAGCACAUUCAAGAGUGAAGCAUACGACGACGAAUAAAGCAGGCCGAGGAAUGGCCUCAUUCUAUCAGGGAGGUGUCGUUCCACCCCAUACUGGACGUCUAUAGUAACUAGGAGGUCAAGUAGGUGGGAUGAGUAUCUGAACGGAAAAUGUGAACUUGACACAGACAUAGGCUACUAGAAAAAAGGACAUUGACAUAAUAGCCAAUAACCUUAUGUUUAGUUAGCUUUAUAUAUAACCAUAUAUUAAUCAG